AUGCCCGUCGCACAGCCACUUGCGAAAGAUACCGCCACGGCCUCGUACGGUAAUUUCGACACACAUUUCUUCCACGGCCAGGACGAGGUCAGCAAGGACGGCACGCUGAGGCUCAACUCCAAGGUCCGGGAAGAGGCGAAAUUCACGCCUUUUUUGCCCGAGUGGGAUCCCAAGCACAAGCUCGAUCCUUUGGUUUUCCACAAGUACGAGGACCCUGCGUUGCGAGCCGACCCGGCGUUCCCAAACUUGCUCCCAGACUUCUCGCCAGCCGAGGCGUCUGUGAAGAAGAUCACUCCUAGACUGGGCACGCAGAUCGACGGAAUCCAGCUCAGCAGCCUUUCAAACGCCGGUAAGGACGAGCUCGCCCUUCUGGUCGCCCAGCGCGGGGUUGUCAUUUUCCGCAACCAGGAUUUCGCCCAGCACGGUCCUCAGUACGCUGUUGACUACGGCAAGCAUUUCGGGAAGCUGCACGUCCACCAGACAUCUGGAGCUCCCAAGGGCCACCCAGAAUUGCAUAUCACAUUCCGCAGACCAGACCGCAAAGAGUUCAACCGUGUUUUCCAUGACAACACUUCGUCCAUUGCAUUCCACACAGAUGUGUCUUACGAGCUACAACCUCCAUCUUACACAUUCUUUUCUGUGCUGGAUGGCCCUGAAGCCGGCGGAGACACCCUGUUCAGCGACUCGGUAACUGCUUUCGAAAGAUUGUCCCCUGCUUUUCAAGAUUUCCUGAGUACCUUACAUGUUGUUCACAGUUCGAAAGAGCAGGCUGCCAAUUCUCAGGGUCAAGGCGGUAUACAAAGACGUGCGCCGGUCACACACAUUCAUCCUUUGGUGAGAUACCACCCAGUUUUGAAAAAGAAGACUCUAUAUGUCAAUUCUUCCUUUUCUCGUCGCAUUGUUGAGUUGAAGAGGCCUGAGUCCGAUAACUUACUACAGUUUCUCUACAGGCUGACAAACGACGCCCAAGAUCUACAACUGAGAGCAAACUGGGGACCAGGCUCUGUGGUUAUCUGGGACAACCGCAGGGUUAACCAUUCGGCAGUGAUUGAUUGGGAAGAACCAAUCUUGAGACAUGCUUUCCGGAUUACGCCACAGGGCGAAAGACCUGUUGAAGAUCCUAAGUACUUGAAUGACCCCACUUAUUAUCCUUCCAGCUUAACUGAGGACGUUUGA